AACGGUAAAGGAACAAUCCGAUUCGAUUGUCAAUUGACUUUAGUGUGGUGUAGAUCGGCGAAGGCUUCAGUUCGGUUUGUGCUCUGGAUCGUCAAGAUGAGUUCAGCAAUUCGUGCGCUUAUGCUAAUGGUGGCACUGCUGGCUGGGGCAUCGCUGGCGAUCAAAUGCCCGCCGGAGGAUAUGCUGGCAGAAGGUGGGCCACGCCGUGUGAUUCUCGAUCUGGACGGAGGUGGCGAUGAUGCUUGGGCACUGGUGAUGCUGUUGUCCAACGAGGCAGAGUACAACAUUUGCGUGCAGGCCGUCACUUGCUCGCACGGCAAUGCUCGCGUAUCGGACGUGCUGGUGAAUGUGUUGCGCAUACUCGAUAGUAUGGAUCGGCUAGAUGUGCCGGUGUACGUUGGAGCCAGUGAGCCACUAAUUACGCCGGGGCCGAACCGAAACACUUCUCACUAUUUCUGGGGCAACAAUGGCUUUGGAGAUGUCGAGUUUGACAGUCCAUUCGUGGUGGACUCGUUGGUGUCGCUGCAUGCAGUGGAGGCGAUGAACGAACUGUUUGAAAAGUACCCCAACAAGAUCACAUUGCUCGCUGUUGGACCUCUGACGAAUGAGGCGCUGCUCUACAAAAUGUAUCCAGAGACGAGGGAUAAAAUCGGUGACUUGUACAUUCUGGGUGGAAACCGUCAUGGUGUGGGCAAUACGGCACUGGCAGCCGAGUUUAACUUCUUCCGCGAUCCAGAGGCAGCCCAUAUUGUGCUGAACAACUCGCCCAAGAUCGUGCGCGUGUUUCCAUGGGAAACGGUCCUGCUGCAGACGUUUACCACCAGAUGGCGCUUCGAGACGUUCAAGCACACGACGAACCCUGCCGUAGAGCUGCUGAACCAGGUGGAAUAUGUAGUGUACGCGCAGGAAGAAAUAUGGACCCCGUGUGAUAUGUAUGUUGCGGCGAUCUUCCUGAAUAGCAGUAUUCUCCAGACGGUGAAGACGUAUCGCGCCGAGGUAGAGCUGACGGGUCGGGUGACCAGAGGAAUGAUGGCCAUACUGCAUCACGUAAAAGACAGCAGUCAGCACAAUGUGGCCGUCAUAGAUGAAAUUGAUACGGAAGAAGUGCAGCGCAUGUUGGUUGCAUUAAACCUCAAGUAGCGGUUUGUAACAUUUGUUGUAGCAAGACGCUUCCAGGGACAGGAUACAGCCAAGCAGCGCAAAAGGAGGCAUCCAUUCGUAUCAUUUUUAUGUGCGAUGAAUAAAUUGCACCAGCUACUAAUUAAAUGAUUUACCAUCCGGAACGGUAGCAUACGAGUGAA